AUUGCAAGUAAUUGACGACUAAUUGCUUUGCCUUUGACCCUAAGAAAUUCCAUCUCUUUUAAAAAUUUGCCUUCUGACUCAAAACAUUUAAGGCACUUUUCCGUUCGCACCCCCUUGAUUUUUGUAGAUGAAAUAAAGGAUCCAAAUCGAGAGCCGCCCCCAGUCAUCAUCAUCUUGAUCAAAGCUGUUAUCAUCAUCAUCAUCAUCAUCAUCAUCGAAUGGCUACCAAGGCAGCGUUUGCGGACAGCAGCAGUCGGCGCUUCAUUGUCUCGUCUCUCGUUUUCAUCUUGUUCCUUUGUGCCAUAGCUUCCAUCAACGAAGUAAGAUUUGCUGCGGUCCGCAAUAUCAAAUGCGCUUUCACCGGCAACCCCGCUUCCGAGAUCUCUCCGGCUUUGCUGCUGCAGCCAGCUUCGAAUUCCUCCUCUGAUGAUGACGAUGACCUGCGAAUACUCAUCGGAAUCAUGACGCUCCCAGACCAGUACAUGCGCCGGAACUUCCUCCGCCUUGUGUAUGGGACGCAGUCAGUGACCAAUGCUCGGAUCGACAUUAAGUUCGUGUUCUGUAACCUGACAAAGGAAGAGCAGAGGGUCUGGGUGGUGCUCGAGAUCAUGAAGUACGACGACAUUAUAAUCCUCAACUGCACAGAGAACAUGAACCGCGGGAAGACCUACACGUACUUCUCGAGCUUGCCGGAGAUGUUCAAUGACUCGGACCGACCUUACCCUCCAUACCAUUACGUGAUGAAAGGGGAUGAUGACAUCUACUUCAGGCUGGAGAAUUUGGCGGAGUCGCUGAAGCCCUUGCCCAGAGAGGACUUGUACUAUGGCUUUGUCAUUCCAUGUAACAGCAUGGAUCCGUUCAAGCACUACAUGGCAGGGAUGGGGUUCGCAGUUUCGUGGGACAUCGUACGGUGGGUCAGGGACUCGGAUAUCCCGAGGAGCCAUCUCGUGGGGCCAGAGGACAAGGUUUUUGGGGACUGGAUGAAGAUGGGACGCCGGGGGAGGAACAGGCACAACGCCAAGUGGUCCAUGUACAACUUCCCGGAGCCGCCGAACCUGCAGUGCACCCACGAGUUCUGGCCGGAAACCGUCGCGGUUCACCUCCUGAAGAACGAGCGGAGAUGGAUCAAGACGUUGCAGUAUUUCAAUGCCACGAGUAACUUGAGGCCCUCCAAGUUGUAUCACGUAUCUUAGGAAGUUAUCAUUACUAAUUUUAUUAACUUUAAUUAAUUGUGAAGUUCAAUUAAUGUAAUCUAAGGACAAUGUUGAGUUGAGUUGAAUUGAGAAGGUGGCCUCUUCAGGUAACAAA